AUGAAACCCUUCCGAAGUGUCUGUCUGUUCAAGAGCCUCCUUGCCAGUUGCUACCAUCACCAUCAACUUCACAGCUGUCUCCUCCCUCCUGUUGCAAAGAGGAUAGGUUAUGUGGUGGGACUGCACAACUGUGGAUUUUGGAGGCCAAAAUCUUUCCUGGACACUGCUGGAUUCACUCUGUCUUUUACCAGUCACCAUAGGAAAAACCAUCGGGAUUCUCGAGCUCUGUGGAAGCAUGAGGCUGUGCAGAAGUACCUGGAGACUCUAAGCAAGGAAUACCAGCAGGUCACUCAUCUCUUAAAUGCUGACUCUGUAAAUGACUUUGAGCAGAGAACCCUGAGGAGAAGAUGUGCUGACCUGUCCCCCAUUGCAGCUGCAUUUCAGGAAAUCAGGGAGGCUGAAAGAGAAGCUCAGGAGUUGGAAGCUAUGUGCAGAGAGCUGGACAACAGAGAUGAGAAACAACUUCUAGAGCUUGCCUUAGAAGAGAAGGAAACCUUGGAUAGAAAAAUCAGCACAUUGUGCAGAAAGCUUUUCCAGCUUCUAGUGCCAAAGGAAAAAUAUGAUAGAAGUCCUGUCAUAUUGGAAGUGACAGCUGGCAGAACAACUGGAGGAGACAUCUGCCAGCAGUUCACUAAAGAAAUGUUUGAGAUGUACCAGAACUACGCGGACUACAAACGCUGGACCUUCGACGUUGUGAACUAUACCCCAGCUGAGAUAGGUGGGUUGCAUCACGCCGCUGCUCAUAUUUCGGGCAAUGACGUCUACAGGCAUCUGAAAUAUGAAGGAGGGACUCAUCGAGUCCAGCGAAUCCCUGAGACGGGCCUGUCGUCAAGAAUGCAGCGUAUUCACACGGGGACAAUGUCAGUAAUUGUCCUCCCUCAGCCAGAGGAGGUUGACGUUAAAGUGGAUCCCAAAGAUCUGCGUAUCGAUACAUUCAGGGCCAAAGGAGCGGGAGGGCAACACGUUAACAAAACUGACAGUGCUGUGAGAAUUGUCCACCUUCCCACAGGACUGGCGGUGGAGUGCCAGCAGGAGCGAUCGCAGCAGCUGAACAAGGACAUCGCUCUGCGGACGCUGCGAGCGAAGCUGUACCAGCAGAUCAUUGAAAAACAGCUGAGUCAAGAGCAGAACGCCCGAAAACUGCAGUUAGGAACGAGAGCCCAGGCAGAGAGAAUUCGUACUUACAACUUCACCCAGGACAGAGUCACUGACCACAGGAUCUCCUAUGAUGCACGCAACAUCAAGGAAAUCCUAAGUGGGAAAGAAGCACUGGAUAAGUUAAUCAACAGACUACUGGAGUUCGCAGAGAUUGAGGCUGUCACCGAGUACCUGGAAAAUUUACAGAGAUUAGAAGGAGGCUGCUGAAGACCUUGCGUGGAGCUAAAGCAGAAACAUGUUUGGUACCAAAAUAAAACAGAUGCGUUUAUUGGACGAUGGAUUGAUUAAAAUCUAUGCCUCUGUUUUUCA